AUGGCCCUCGGCGCAACUCCUCCAGUUUCAUGGGUGUGCGCGCCCGCCCGAACCAGCGGUGCUCGCCUCACCCUCGGCACCUUCGCCACUAUGGAGCAGGCGGCGCGCGCCUACGGCGCGGCAGCAUGGCGCCUCGGGCGCCAUCACCAGCAGCUCAAUUACAAGGAUUGCACCUCGCUUGAGGAGGCGGAGUUCUUGGCCGGCUUCGACAACCUCGUCACCGCCGAGCAGCGCCUCCGCCGCCAGCAGCUUCAGCGUCGCCUCGCCAUUGCGGAGACGGAUGAACGCACCAUGGAAGCGUGGGCCGCCACCUUCCCGCAGGACGUCUUGGACGAGCAUGCCUUCUAUGCGCAGAAGAAGGCGGAGCGCAGGGCGAAUAAGUAG